AUGGCGGUCGCCCCCAGUGCCGUAAAUGUUUACAACAAUAAAAUGUGAUUUUAAAAAUACAUUUGUUGGUUGACGUACGACGUAAAUAAUUUCUCAAGUUGUAAAAAUAAAUCUGUAGGACUCGGAAUAUUUAAUAACAAAAUAAAUUGACAUUUUGGUGUCCAAAACGUAUGAGAUAAUUUGGAGGUUAAUUGUUGUUUGUGGAGUUUUUUUACGAUGAUAAAUUAUUGCAAAGGCCAGAUGUUGAUGAGGUGCUGUCAGUAUGCCACGAGGAGCCAGUCCAGGUAUUUAUUUACGAGCACAAUCAGGAAUUCAUUCACCAGGAGACAAUCAGAUGCUCAACUGGCAGCUGCCAGGAAACAGAAAGUGGUUCAUUAUGUCACAGCGAUUGGAUUGCUGACCCUGGGCCUGGCAUAUGCUGCUGUACCUCUGUACAGAUUAUUCUGUCAGGCGACGAGUUAUGGUGGGACCACCAGCACCCACAGCCCUGACAACGUCGAGAAGCUGAAGCCGGUGAAGGGCAGGACCAUCAAAGUCCAUUUCAACGCCGACACUGGAGCUGCGAUGCUCUGGAACUUCAGACCCCAGCAGAGAGAGAUCAAAGUGGCUCCUGGUGAAACAGCUCUGGCGUUUUACACAGCUAAAAAUCCGUCUGAUCGUCCUGUCAUCGGGAUCUCCACCUACAACGUACUACCUUUCGAAGCUGGCCAGUACUUCAAUAAAAUUCAGUGCUUUUGCUUUGAGGAACAGCAGCUGAAUCCUCAUGAAGAGGUUGACAUGCCAGUAUUCUUCUACAUCGAUCCAGAAUUCGCUGAGGACCCUAGACUAGAGAAAUGCAACGACAUCACCCUCUCCUACACCUUCUUCGAGGCUAAACAAGGACUGGAUUUGCCUGUACCCAGCUACAUCAAGAAGCAUCUUGCCUAAGGCAAUUAGUCAAUUGUACAGAAGGUUAUUAAUUAAAUGUUAAACUCUAAUUUAAAUCAAUUAAAUUAUUAAUCGACAUUUCCCUGGGUCUAACGUCGUUUUUGUAACGAAA